GGUAUUUACUAUAUUGUUGAUUUUAUUUGAACACUUUGGAACUCCAAGGUGUUUUGAGCAACUGUGAGUAAAAUGCAUGAAAUGAAAGCCUUACAAAGAUGCAAGAUUUUCAGUCUAUAUAUUCAUUCUCACAACAGAAAUUUAUUCUCAGUGGCCAAUGCUACACUUCACAAAGCUGAGGAAGAAGUAGACAUCAUUUGUGAAAACAAAGAUUCAAAUAUUUUACCAUAUUUACACCACAUAGUACAAGAAUGUGCAAAAGAAAAGACCCCAAUGAAUGGAAAAUCUGCGCAUGGUCAGAUGAUAAAGUCCGGAUUUGCAACUGAUACAUUGACGACAAACAUGCUCAUCAACAUGUACGCGAAAUGCGGGUUUGUUGAUUUAGCACAUAAGGUGUUUGAUGAAAUGCCUCAAAGAAGUCUUGUUUCUUGGAACACCCUUAUGGGUUCGUAUAUCAAGAACGGAGAUGGAGAAGAAGCGUUGCGUCUUUUCGUUCGAAUGCAAAGAGAAGGGACUCAGUUUAAUGGGUUUACUGUUUCAGGUGUUCUUUGUGCUUGUGCUGCAAAGUUUGCUGUUUUAGAAAGCAAACAAUUGCAUGCUUUUGCUCUUAAGGUAUCGUUGGAAUUGAACGUUUAUGUAUCGACUGCUUUGCUUGAUGUUUAUGCUAAAUGUGGGUUGAUGAAGGAUGCUUUUUGGGUUUUUAAUUCAAUGCCUGAGAGGAAUGAUGUUACUUGGAGUUCAAUGGUCGCGGGAUAUGUCCAAAAUGAGCUAUAUGAGGAGGCUAUAAUGUUUUUUCACAGAUUACAGAAAUCAGGGAUCGAGCAUAACCAGUUUACUCUUUCUUCUAUUAUAUCGGCUUGUGCUGCAAUGGCGGAUUUGUUAGAAGGGAAUGAAGUGCAUGGUAUAGUGUGGAAAACUGGUUUUGGUGCCAAUGUUUACGUGGCUUCAUCUCUUGUGGACUUAUAUGCAAGAUGUGGAAGUAUUGACGAUGCCUAUAUUGUUUUUUCAAAUGCUGAGGUGAAGAAUGAUGUGAUAUGGAAUUCGAUGAUUUCUGGCUUGGCUAGAAAUGCACGGUCUUUAGAGGCUAUGACGUUGUUUGAGAAAAUGCAGUUCGCGGGAUUUUAUCCAAGUGAGUUGACUUAUGUCUCUGUGCUAUCUGCUUGUGGUCAUAUGGGUCUUGUUGACAAGGGGCGGAUGUAUUUCGACAAGAUGAAGAAAGAACACAACUUAUCUCCCAAUGUAUAUCAUUAUUCAUGUAUGGUUGACAUUCUUGGUAGAAAAGGCCUGGUUGAAGAAGCUAAGGAUUUAAUAGAAAAUAUGCCAUUUGCUGCGACUCCUUCCAUGUGGGGUUCUGUAUUGGCCUCUUGUAGGGUCCAUGGAAAUGUUGAGGUGGCUGAAAUUGCUGCUAAACAUCUGUUUGAGCUCGAGCCUAAUAAUGCUGGGAACCACGUCUUGCUUUCAAACAUAUAUGCUUCCAAGAGAAGGUGGGGUGAUGUUGCAUCAACAAGAAAGCUUCUUAAAGACAGUGAAGCGAAGAAAGAAAGAGGCAAGAGUUGGAUACAGAUUAAAGACAAGGUUCACACAUUCAUGGUCGGGGAGAGAUAUCAUCCAAGCAUUAUGGAGGUUUAUCCAAGAUUGGAUGAAUUGUUGGUAGGUAUGGAGAAGUUAGGUUACAAAGGUGAAACUGAACACGACUUGCACGAUGUGGAAGUGAGCAGAAAACAUGAACUUCUGAGGCAUCAUAGUGAGAAGCUUGCUUUUACUUAUGGGUUGAUGUGUUUGCCUUCAAGUGCUCCUAUAAGAAUUAUGAAGAACCUCAGGAUCUGUGGGGACUGUCAUUCUUUUAUGAAGUUUGCUUCAAACGUAACAGGGAGGGAAAUAAUUGUAAGAGAUGUUAAUCGUUUUCAUCAUUUUACUAAUGGAUCAUGUUCAUGUGGAGAAUUUUGGUAAAGAAUGUAACUGCUUGGAUUUUAAGAUCCCUCUUUUUUUUUGGUUCGGAAAGGUGGAAAAAGUAGUUACAAAUCUGGUUUGUUUAGACCUCAACAUAUAUAAAAAAUCAGAGGCAUUAUAUCACGGAGAAGUUUAUUACCUGUUAUCUCAACACGAUGGCUGUACAACAGG